CACCUUUCUAUAUACACGCGUGCACUCUCAUCACGGUCACUUCUACGAAAGCAAACAAAAUGGCUGCAGCAGAUGUUGUACCUUUGCCUAACGGCUCGGAAGGCACUCGGACGCGAUGGAAGUACUUGGACAGGAUCCUAGAUAGGCCAGGACCUUUCACGGACCCGGACAGCUUCGCACCAGGAAACCAUGAGACCCUUGAGAUUGCAAAAGUUUUGGUCAUCGGAGCUGGUGGUUUAGGCUGUGAAAUUCUCAAGAACCUGGCACUUUCUGGCUUCAAGGACAUUCAUGUCAUUGAUAUGGAUACGAUUGAUGUGUCCAAUCUCAACCGCCAGUUCCUCUUUCGCGCCGCCGAUGUAGGCAAGUUUAAAGCUGAAGUCGCUGCAGCUUUCGUGGAGAAGCGUGUCAAAGGCGUCAAGAUCACACCUUACUGCGGCAAGAUUCAGGACAAGGAUGAAGCAUAUUACAAACAAUUCGCCCUUAUCGUCUGUGGCCUGGACAGUAUCGAGGCACGGCGGUGGAUCAACUCGAUGCUUGUUGGUAUGGUUGACGGAAACGACCCGGACAGCAUGAAGCCGCUGAUUGACGGUGGGACCGAGGGAUUCAAGGGACAGGCGAAGGUUAUCUUCCCUACGAUGACCAGCUGCAUUGAGUGCCAGCUGGAUAUGCACGCUCCGCGUGCUGCCGUCCCGCUUUGCACUCUUGCCACCAUUCCGCGUCAACCACAACAUUGUAUCGAGUGGGCGCACAUUAUCGCUUGGGAAGAAGAGCGCAAGGAGAUCACGCUCGACACGGACGACCCAGAGCACAUUACUUGGCUGUUUCAAAAGGCAUUGAAGCGUGCAGAGGAGUUCAACAUUCCCGGGGUCACAUACAGCAUGACCCAGGGCGUAGUGAAGAACAUCAUCCCAGCCAUCGCAUCCACCAAUGCUAUUGUAGCUGCCAGCUGCUGUAACGAAGCUUUCAAAAUCCUCACCAACGCGAACCCCUUCCUCGGUUUCCCCGGCACCGACGGUUACAUGAUGUACACAGGUGACGAGUCGGUGUACACCUACACUUUCGAGUACGAGAAGAAGGAAGACUGUCCGGUGUGCGGUGAGGAUGCUCUUGCCCGCCCGCUCCAGAUCGACCCCGAGGCGACGCUGCAGGAAUUUGUGGACAGCUUGGCGGAGCGACCGGAGGCGCAACUCAAAACGCCAUCCAUUAGGACUACGGAGAAGUCGCUGUACAUCCAAUCGGCGGCGGACUAUGAGCGCAUGACGCGGCCGAAUCUGGAAAAGAAGAUGAAGGACUUGACGGCUGAGGGGGAGGAGAUGCUGAUUUCGGACAAGGCGUUCCCGAUGAUGUUCAAGUUCUCUGUGGUGUGGAAGAAAUAAGGUGAUGCACCAGGCUAGGUCAAUCGUAAUGAUCGGUGGAACGGAGCGUUUUUACGAGCAUAUGAUGGCAAGCGCAAUCCACGUAGAUGGGUCAGGGCUUCCGGUAGAUACGCAACACAUGGACUUCGAGUCCGAAGCAGCUGUGAUUUGAUUGCGCACGUUAUGACAGCUGGUAUAUUCUUUCGUCGAGAAACGAC